CGGAAACUGAUGUUGGUCAACUUUAAAACUUCCAUUUUAAAGUUAGCAUCGUGUUUGCGUUCAUGAUAACUUCAUAAUGAAUCCCCUGACCAAGGUGAAGCUGAUCAAUGAGCUGAAUGAGAGAGAGGCCUCAUUGGGGGUGAAGGAAAAUGUGUCAUGGCACUCUGAGUAUAAGGACAGCGCCUGGAUUUUCAUCGGUGGGUUUCCAUAUGAGCUGACGGAAGGUGACAUCGUCUGUGUCUUCUCUCAGUAUGGAGAAAUGGCCAACAUCAACCUAGUGCGUGAUAAGAAGACGGGUAAAUCCAAAGGCUUCUGCUUCAUCUGCUACGAGGACCAGAGGAGCACCAUCCUGGCUGUGGAUAACUUAAACGGGAUCAAAAUAAAGGGGCGGACCAUCCGAGUGGACCAUGUACUGAACUACCGCCCUCCCAAAGACCAUGAGGACAUGGAUGAUAUCACUAAGCGCCUGAGGGAGGAGGGCUGUGCCCCCAAACUACCUGACCCUUCAUCGUCCGAAGAAGAGGAGCAGUACGCCGUACCCGCGAAGAAGCCCAAGAAAGACAAGAAAGAGAAGAAGAAAAAGGAGAAGAAGGCUCUGAAGGAGGAUAGGAAGCAGAGGGAGAGGCUAGCCCAGACUCACUCUGUGUCUCCCCCUGGGCCUGCCCUGGCAGUGAGGGUGAAGCAGGAGGAGGACCUGGGCUAUGACAAGUACAGCCAGCGGGGGGCGCCAGAGGAGUGGCUGGGCGCCAGGGAAGAGAGACCAGGGCCUGGGGCAGAGCCACAGAACCCACGAGAGACACACAGGCAGGUGGACAGAGUGUUCCGAAAUCGCCAUGGGGAGAGGGAAGGAGAGAGAGAGAGGCCCAGGGAGGAUGAGAAGAGGAGAGAUGGAGGACUGCAGUUGGAGAGCAAGAGGACAGGCAGGGAGGAGAGAGAAAACCAAGACAGGGAUAGAGAGAGAGACAGAACUAGGGAGGGAGAGAGGGACAAUGAGAGGAACAGAUCGAGGGACUGGGACAGGGAGAAAGACAGGAACAGAGAGAGGGAAAGAGACAGGUCAAGUAAGCACAAAGAACACAGUCGGGAGAGAGACCAAAGGAGAAAGUAACAGAAGUGCCUUGAUUGUAGUCAAGACAACUGGACUGAGUGAAGUCUUAUUCUUUCCUUCACUAUAGAAAAUCAUCAGGAACUGGGACCAUGGAGCUAAUAUGAUUGGUUGUUUUAUUUUGUUAGUAUUUGUCAUAAGCCAUAUCAAGCCUGUUGAUUCAAUAUUCUCUUGUGGAGACUGAGCCAAACAGUGGAUGACAACUUGAGUCAUGAGAACAUGGCCUGUUUCCAUGACAACAGCUUAGCGUUUUCAGCAGCAAAGUUAAAUCGGAACUGGAUUUCAAAUGAAUUUUUACCCUCAAACCGCUGUACAAUGCUUAAUCAGACAAUGAUUUACUGUUGUAAAUAAAAUGAAGUGUUUUUUUACAAAGAGA